AUGUUGUCCAGCAACAGCACAAGGUUCAAGAACUUUUUUCUGCUGGGCUUCCCAGGCCUGGAGCCUCAGUAUCACGGCGCCGUGUCGGCGUUGCUCUUCCUGCUCUUCCUGGCCAUUGCCGGGGGGAACAUCUUUAUUUUGCUUCUCAUCAAGUUGGACCGAAUCCUCCACAAGCCCACCUACCUCCUCUUCUGCCACCUGGCCCUCACCGACCUAUUCUUCGGCACUGUCACGCUGCCCCAAGUCAUCUGGAGGUACUGGCUGGACGCGCCGCAGGUGGCCUUUGCUGCCUGCUUCACGCAAAUGUACUUUGUGCACUUCCUGGGCGCCACGCACUCCUUCAUCCUGAUGUUGAUGGCGCUGGAUCGAUUGGUGGCUAUCUACAAACCGCUGCGCUACCCCGCCGUGGUCACCAACGCCGCCGUCACGCUGCUGUGCGCCAUCUCCUGGCUCAUGCCGGCGUCCUGGAUGGUGGCCGUGGUCAUGCACGUUGUCGUGCUGCCUUACUGUGACUCGCACGUCAUCCGCCACUGCUACUGCGACCACAACAGCAUCGUCAGGCUCAGCUGCGACCAGACCCAGGUGAAUGAGUUGGCCUUCCCCCUGGCUAUGUUCAGCCUCCUUUGCCCGCUCUCCUUGAUCAUCUUCUCCUACUGCGCUGUCAUCGCCACGGUGGCCAAAAAGUACGGCGGCGGGAGUCGCAGUAAAGCUCUGUCGACGUGUUCGCCGCAGUUGCUGGUCACGGGCCUCUACUACACGCCACGCUGCUUCGUGUACAUGGCCAACCACCAGGGAUACCAUUUCACAGAGUCGGUCCGCAUCGUGGUGAUCAUGGUGUACAGCCUGCUGCCCGCCGCAGUCAACCCGGUUAUCUACUGCUUCAAAAUGCAGGAGAUCAAGCAGUACAUCAAGAGAAGGUUCUGUAACAGGAGGACAAUACACACGAGGUAG